GCUCGCUCACUUGCCGGUCACGUGACGAACCCUCUUGUCGAGUCUCGGGGAGGAGAACAGGCGACUGCACCUUUUUCCUCCUCUUCCCGGGAGAGAACACCUUGUAGGUGAUCCUGGAUCCUUCUUUUUGUGGACCGUGUUCUCUACCGAACUGUACCGACCCACUAGCAGGCUGCUCUCAGUCUUACCUCAGUCAGCUCUGAGGACUCACCUUCGGCGGGAAGGAAGGAGGAGGAGGGAUCGAUGAGUCUCGAGCCGCCGCGGCACCACAGGAUGCUGGUGAGGUGGCUGGAGAGUGAUGACAAGGCACAGAGACACACACACACACACCAUACUUAAAAUCUUGCCCCCGCUAAGUAAGACAGGGAGGAGGGGAAGGGAGAGAGUCCUGCAAUGACGAUGUCAUUUCUCUCUAUUAGCAGUGUGUGAGCCAUACACACACUCACACACACUAAGCUCAGUGGGGAGCUUUCCUGCAUGGGUGGAGAAGGCCCUAUCUGGGCCACAAAGAUGGAGUUCACGUCCGUUUGGGCACACAUGUAACGCAAGGUAGAUGCGCUCACCUGGCGUCUCAUGUGGUAGGAAUGAACAACUGAGAGGAGGAAAAGACGUCAGAGACAGAAGAUGAAAAAAGGAUCGUGCUGAAAGGGCGACAGGAGUUUAGAGCCUCACCUUGUUAGGGAAGCAGGGUGCACCUGAGACAUCUUUCCUCCAAAGUGCCCUCACAAUGAGCGCGAGGCUAGAGCAAGCUGCCCAGCUCUAGCCUCUACCCCCCCUUUUCCACCAGUGUGUGUGUGUGAGUGUGUGCGGCGAGCGUGUGCAUGAGUGUGAUGGCGAUGUGUGUCUGGGCGGCGGCCCCACUGCUCUUCCUGGGCCUGUGCCUGUGCAGCGUGGGGGGCCAGGCCCAAGGUGAGGUCCUGGAGUUUGGAGGUGUGUCCAGCCAGUGGGGUCGCUUCCCAGUGUGGAACGCCUGCUGCGAGAGUGUGCUGAGCUUCAGCCUGCGGACUCACAGCCAGGAGGGCCUGCUGCUCUACCUGGACGACGAGGGCUUCUGCGACUUCCUGGAGCUGCUGCUCCUGCGCGGCCACCUGCGCCUGCGCUUUUCCAUCUUCUGCGCAGAGCCCGCCGAGCUGCAGUCGGGCGUGGCGGUGAGUGACGGGCGCUGGCACGCCGUGCGUGUCAAGCGGGACUGGAAAAACACCUCGCUGGAGGUGGACGGGCGGCUCGAGGGAUGGGCGGAGGUGAAGAGCAAGAGAAGAGACAUGACGGUGUUCAGCCACACCUACAUGGGCGGAGUGACGCCGGAGCUCCACUCGUCGCCCCUGCGCCUCACCUCACCGUCAGUGCGGGAACACCCCGCCUUCCGUGGCUGGAUCACGGCGGUGAGCAUCAAUGGCUCGCUAGUGGCGCUGGACAGUUCCGAGGGCGUCACGGUAACAGCCGGCUGCGGACCGGACCACCAGUGCCAGAAUGGAGGGGUGUGCAGCUUGGUCAACGACCGGGCCGUCUGCGACUGCUCUGACACCGGUUACCAAGGCAACGACUGCAGUGAAGAGCACACCUACACACCAGGUCUGGCACACCUGAUGAUUGGCGACCAAGCGCGCGAGGAGUACGUCGCCACCUUCAAGGGCUCCGAGUACUUCUGCUACGACCUGUCGCCCAACCCCAUCCAGUCCAGCAGUGACGAGAUCACGCUGUCCUUCAAGACACUGCAGCGCAAUGGCCUGAUGCUGCACACAGGCAAGUCGGCCGACUACGUCAACUUGGCGCUGAAGAACGGCGCCGUGUCACUCGUCAUCAACCUCGGCUCCGGGGCCUUCGAGGCCCUGGUGGAGCCCGUCAAUGGCAAGUUCAACGACAACGCCUGGCACGACGUCAAGGUCACCCGCAACCUGAGACAGCACUCAGGCAUUGGACACGCUAUGGUGACCAUCUCUGUGGACGGCAUCCUGACCACCACGGGCUACACACAGGAGGACUACACCAUGCUGGGCUCUGACGACUUCUUCUACGUGGGAGGGAGCCCCAGCACAGCUGACCUUCCGGGGUCCCCAGUCAGCAACAACUUCAUGGGCUGUUUGAAAGAGGUGGUGUACAAGAAUAAUGAUGUGCGGCUGGAGCUGUCGAGACUCGCUAAACAGGGAGACCCCAAGAUGAAGGUUAGUGGCGUGGUGUCCUUUAAGUGCGAGAGUGUUGCCACGCUGGAUCCUGUGACAUUUGACACACCGGAGUCUUUCGUGGCGCUCAGCAAGUGGACAGCGAAGAAGGCCGGGUCCAUCUCCUUUGACUUCAGGACCACCGAGCCCAACGGCUUGAUGUUGUUCAGCCACGGGAAGCCCAGACAGAUGCAGCGCAAGGAUCCCCGUACACCGCCUACCGUCAAGGUGGACUUCUUUGCCAUUGAGAUGCUGGACGGCCACUUGUACCUGCUGCUGGACAUGGGCUCAGGGACCACCAAGACCAAGGCCAUAGACAAGAAGGUCAAUGAUGGAGAAUGGUAUCACGUGGACUUUCAGAGGGACGGACGCUCAGGGACCAUCUCAGUGAACAGCGUGCGAACAGCAUACACAGCGCCAGGUGACAGCGAGAUUCUGGACCUGGACGAGACGCUUUACCUCGGUGGACUUCCUGAGGACCGUGCCGGACUCAUCUUCCCUACAGAGGUGUGGACGGCACUGUUGAACUAUGGCUACGUGGGCUGCAUCCGGGACCUGUUCGUGGACGGCCAGAGCAAAGACAUCCGGCGACUGGCCGAGGCCCAGAGGGCGGUGGGGGUGAAGCCAUCAUGCUCCAGGGAGCCCCCUAAGCAGUGCCUUUCCAACCCCUGCCAGCACAACGGCAUCUGCAGGGAGGGCUGGAACCGCUACGUAUGCGACUGCUCGGGAACUGGAUACCUGGGACGUUCCUGCGAGAGAGACGCGACCAUCUUAUCGUAUGACGGCAGCAAAUUCAUGAAGGUGCAGCUGCCCAUGGCCAUGCACACGGAGGCGGAGGACGUCUCGCUGCGCUUUCGCUCCCAGCGGGCCUAUGGCGUUCUCAUGGCAACCACAUCCCGCAACUCAGCGGACACCCUCCGCCUGGAGCUGGACGGGGGCCGAGUUCGGCUCACAGUCAACCUAGACUGUAUCAGGAUAAACUGUACAGCCAGUAAAGGCCCAGAGACUAUCUUUGCGGGGGCGGGUCUCAAUGAUAAUGAGUGGCACACAGUGAGGGUAGUCCGGCGUGGCAAGAGCCUCAAGCUCACCGUGGACGACCUGCAGCCUGUUGAAGGUCAAAUGGCGGGCGACCACACGCAGCUGGAGUUCCACAAUGUGGAGACGGGCAUCGUGACGGAGAAGCGCUUCAUGCCGGCCGUGCCCUCCAACUUCAUCGGGCACUUGCAGGGCCUGGGGCUGAACGGCAUGCCCUACAUUGACCUGUGCAAAAACGGCGACAUCGACUACUGCGAGCUCAAUGCCGUCAUCGGCUACAAGAGCAUCGUGGCCGACCCCGUCACCUUCCGCUCGCGCUCCAGCUUUGUCACCCUGCCCACGCUGCAGGCGUACUACUCCAUGCACCUCUUCAUGCAGUUCAAGACCACCUCUCCAGAUGGUCUCAUCCUCUUCAACAGAGGGGACGGCAAUGACUUCAUCGUGGUUGAGCUGGUGAAAGGCUACCUUCACUACAUCUCUGAUCUGGGGAAUGGAGCCCACCUGAUCAAGGGCAACUCCAACAGUCCCUUAAAUGACAAUCAUUGGCACAACGUGCACAUUUCCAGAGACACCAACAACCUUCAUACGGUCAAGAUCGACACCAAAGUCACCACACAGACAACCUUGGGUGCAAAGAAUCUUGACUUGAAGGGUGACCUGUACAUUGGGGGCGUGUCCAAAGAGAUGUACAGAGACCUUCCGAAGCUGGUCCACUCCCGGGAGGGAUUCCAGGGUUGCUUAGCAACAGUGGAUCUCAACGGCCGGCUCCCAGACCUUUUGGCGGAUGCUUUGGCAACCAUGGGACAAGUGGAGCGAGGAUGCGAAGUUACAUUGAUGAAAGCUGACUUGCAAGGUCCCAGCACCACCUGUCAAGAGGACUCCUGCUCCAAUCAGGGGGUUUGCUUGCAGCAGUGGGAGGGCUUCACUUGCGACUGCAGCAUGACAUCGUACGCAGGGCCGCUAUGCAACGAUGCUGGUACAACGUAUAUCUUCGGGCGCGACGGUGGCAUGGUGACUUACACCUGGCCCCCGAAUGAGCGCCCAAGCACCAGGGCGGACCGGCUCGCCCUGGGCUUCAGCACGCAACAGAAGCACGCCAUUCUCUUGCGCGUGGACAGCGCAUCCGGCCUUGGAGACUACCUUCAGCUGCAGAUAGACAAAGGCAACAUCAGAGUAGUGUUCAAUGUGGGCACGGAUGACAUCAACAUCGAGGAAAGCUCCAAGUUUGUCAAUGACGGGAAGUACCACAUUAUCCGCUUCACCCGCAGCGGGGGCAAUGCCACCCUCCAGCUGGAUGACCUGCCCGUCAUCGAGCGCUACCCCUUAGGCAACAUUGAUAACGAGCGCCUGGCCAUCGCCAGACAGCGAAUCCCCUAUCGGCUCGGUCGAGUAGUUGAUGAUUGGCUACUCGACAAAGGUCGCCAGCUGACCAUAUUCAACAGUCAGACCACAGUACGCGUAGGCGGGCGCGACCUGGGCGCCGCCAUGUUCCAAGGCCAGCUCUCGGGCCUCUACUAUAAUGGCCUACGCAUCCUCAACAUGGCCGCCGAGGGCCACCCGCAUAUCAGGGUGCACGGCAGCGCUCGGCUGGUGGGCGACAUGCCGUCCUCCUCCAUCACGCCGCAGUCCAGCGCCGCUGCCGGGGGCAACCGCUCUGACUCCGCCCCCUCCAUUAGCGACAUCACAACCACCACAGCCACCAACAGGAAACAAGGUGCCACCCAGCAGUCGGCCGACGACAUCCUGGUGGCGUCGGCAGAGUGUCCGAGUGACGAUGAAGACAUCGACCCCUGCGACCCCAGCUCAGCGCGCCCUCCCCUGCCAGAGGUGAAGGUGUUCCCCGGCCCAUCGGAGGUAGUGCGCGAGAGCAGCAGCACCACGGGCAUGGUGGUGGGCAUCGUGGCGGCGGCGGCGCUCUGCAUCCUCAUCCUGCUCUACGCCAUGUACAAGUAUCGCAACCGCGACGAGGGCUCAUACCACGUGGACGAGAGCCGCAACUACAUCAGCAACUCGGCCACGCAGCCCAACGGCAGCGCCAAGGACAAGCCGCUGGGCAUCACCAAGAUCUCCAAGAACAAGAAGAACAAGGACAAGGAGUACUAUGUCUGAAGGAGCGCAGCAGCACAUCGGAUGCAUAUACCUUUAUAUAUUUAAAAAAGGCUCUAUGUACAUAAAUAGGUAUAUUCCAAAAAGAGCAUACACACAUGCACAGGGACAUGAACAUGCUGACGUUAAUGUGUUUCUCUACAGCUAUCACAAACAUGUUCAAGCACAAACACACACACACACACACACACACACACACACACAGACUGGCCUAAAAGGGCAUAAGGGACCCUUAUUGUAUAAAUUUACCAAUGAACAGAGCCUCGAGAAAGAGGCUCCUUUUAUGAACCAUGAAGACCAUUCCAAACGAGCGCAAGUGACGAGUGAAGAGCGGCCCCACACACUUGUAGCUUCACACACUUGAGGAAACAUGCCAGCGUUCCAUUGCAUGAGUUUACUCUUUGAAUUCAAAAUGAGAGUAAUAUUAAAGUUUCACUGUAUUGGGGUGGUGCAGCCGCUCAACUCAAACACAUCCAUCGGUGAGAUCUGAGAUCUUUUUUGGCUUUUCAAUGCAGUGGUUUUACAUUACUAUGUUGAUGAUGAAGACAAAUACAUUCAAAGAGCAAAUGCAUCAAGUCGAUCGCUGACGAUGAAAGCACUGCUGAUAUUUACAUAAAGCGCACACAUCAAAAACCAGAGUGCGUGUGUGUGUGUAGCUGGAGAGCAGAGCACCAAAAAAAAAUGUUGAAGCAACACGAUGAGCAGCCCUAAAGUGUCUUCUUCUCACUGAGCUUUUAUUGGCCUUCCUGUUUGCAGACGGGACUCUUGAGGACAAUGGGAAGAACGAUUGAAAACAACAAAGAAAAUAAACAAGCACAGCGCAGGAAGGGGACAGGAAAUCAGGGUGCAGCCACAUAGCCACUGGGGGACCAUGGAGUGGGCAGGGCCUCGAUGAUGAUGGGUCUUUUCCUUCCUCCCUUGUCAUGACUGCAGGAUGUUUUCCUGUAAGGGAUACCUGAGACUUGAGAUGCUACCUAUAGACACCCAUGGUCUCCCGUGAAACACACAACAAGCAUAUGGUAAGCAAGACAUGCCAGGACAUGCUUGAUGUCUUCACAAGAAGAAGACAUUGAUGAUGGCAGAGACUGUAUUGACGGACAGGGGGGCAGGGCUUGGGGUUGUUUCUCAUUGCACGUGAAUUAUCUUAUUCUGCGUGAUUUAUACCCACGACCAGAAAUCUCCAGAGGUGACGCCCUCGUAGGUUAAUCGGAUUAUUUUAAAUUGGCACCUGUCGGAAGUGAGUGUGUGUCGCAUGCCUGUGGCGUAGGGGCGGAGUUAACGGUUUAAGAGCGGUGCUAAUUCCGAGGAGGACUUUUUACGACAACUUGUGUUGACUCACUUGGGACAGGCGUGUGUUUUGUUUUUUUUGUUUUUUACACAUAUAUGAUGUAAGGGUGCCAUAAGAUCAGCCAGCCCCGCUCCAGUUCUUCCACGCAACGUACGUCAGAUGCAUGCUGGCAGGACAAAAAAAAAUGGUGUGAGAUGAUAGCGUCCAAAUGAUCCUCUCCAUCCUGACCUCUCCUUUAUGAUGUUUCUCUGGCAUCUUUUUCCUUUUCUCUCCCUCCUCCUCUCUAUUUCUCUUUCUCACUCUGUUUGUGUUGCCAUCCGACCGUGGAGGCGCUUCUCCGCCCCGAGCGGGCCUCCAUGUAUACUAGGUGUUCAUUGACCAUGUUAUUAUUUUCUAUAUGUACAAUUUUUCUACAGUAUUUACUUUUAUUUUUAUUGUUACGGUUCUUUGAUGAACAUAAAGUGGAAAUUUAUUAUGAAAAAUAGUUUUGAAGAUUAAUGAGUAAAUAAAAUAUUACCCAAGUCAUCCUAGGGUGUGUGUGUGUGAGGUGGAGAAGUGCUUUUUCUUUUACAUCUUCUGCUUCUGACUUUGUGUCUUUGGCUGUCAUCUCCACUUGUGGCGUCCUUGAACAAACGCAGCUGGGACGCAGAUAAAAACCCAAGACUACUGUGGUAAAUAACAAACAACACCAUUGCUCACCAGUAGGGGGCAGAAAGUUCCAUUAAAGAAAUUAAAUACCAAAAA